CCCGCCCUAUUUUCUUUUCGCAAUCUUUGUGCUCUAGUAGAGUAGUGACGUCACAGCUAUCGGUAACCGCAGUAUCCGGAAGAAGUGUCAGUGUGGUGCUGCCUGGUAUCGGGGUGUUUGCAGAGAUGGUGGACUCUGUUCCCAGCAGCCCUCCUCAGGGAGGAGCAAUGCAAUAUUUGCUAGCGAACAAACUGGACACAGCAAUGUGGCUUUCUCGAUGGUUCACUGUGUACUGUUCAGCUUUAUUUAUUCUACCAAUUUUAGGGUUACAUGAAGCUGCCAACUUCUAUCAGCGUGCCUUGUUGGCAAAUGCUCUCACAAGUGCUCUUCGUCUGCAUCAGCGGUUACCAAAUUUUCAGCUAAGCCGAGCUUUCCUAACCCAGGCUCUGUUGGAGGACAGUUGCCAUUACCUGUUGUAUUCACUGAUCUUUGUUAACUCUUACCCUGUUACAAUGAGUAUUUUCCCAGUCUUACUGUUUUCUUUGCUCCACGCUUCAACAUACACAAAAAAGGUCCUAGAUGCCAAAGGGAUAAACAGCAUGCCUUUUAUCAGAUCACUCCUGGAGAAAUUAAAUGCAAAUCAGCAGAACAUCCUGAAGUUCAUUGCUUGCAAUGAAAUAUUCUUAAUGCCAGCAACUGUAUUUAUGCUGCUUAGUGGCCAAGGAAACUUAUUGCAAUCAUUCAUUUACUACAGAUUCUUAACGCUACGUUAUUCCUCUAGAAGAAAUCCUUAUUGUCGAACUCUGUUUGCAGAGCUGAGGAUUAUCCUGGAGCAUCUUAUAAUGAAGCCAGCAUGUCCAGACUUUGUGAGAAGAAUUUGUCUUAAUAGCAUUGCUUUUGUAAGCAGACUAGCACCAACUGUUGCGUAACUUAUAAUUAAUAAAUUAUGUAAUGUGUACUUAAA